AUGAGUGACCCUUCCUCAACAGGGAGCAGCCGCCCCAUUGACGGCUACAUUGACCCAAACUUCCCCAACCCCAACGGCGAGUGGGACACGCCCGUCAUCAUCUACGGCUAUACGCCCGCCUUCAGCCUCUCCCUCUUCGCUGUCAUCUGGUUCUUCCUCUUCCUCAUCGUGCACGCCGCGCAGGUCGGCAUCUACCGCUGCUGGUGGUUCGUCACCUUUCCCGUCGGCCUCGUCUUCGAGGUGGUCGGCUACAUCGCCCGCAGCUUGAGCGCCAAGAAGAAUCCGUACAACCUGUUGUACUUUAUUCUCAACUACUUCUUCAUCGUCACGGCGCCCGUCUUUCUCGCCGCUGGCAUCUACACCAUCCUGUCCGCGCUCAUCCCGCGACUCGGACGGCAGUACUCGUUCGUGCCUCCCAAGGUGGUCCUCUGGUUCUUCAUCGCCAGUGAUGUGGUGGCGACAAUCACACAGGUCGCGGGGGCGGCCUUGAUUGGCGUCGCGCAGUCGAAUCGCGAGGAUCCUACGACGGCCAACAACAUUCUUCUCGGUGGUCUCGCCUAUCAGGUCUUUAGCAUGGGCCUCUACGUUCUCCUGACCAUGUCGUUCCUAUUCCGGGCGCGGAGCGUCAUCCCUAGGCGAGGCUUGACUGUUUUCUGCAUCGUGUUCGCCAUUGCGACGGUCCUCAUCUACCUCAGGACAUGUUUCCGACUGGCUGAGACAGCUGAAGGUCUUGGUGGCGACUUGUCUUCGAAUGAGAUCUAUUUUGCUUGCCUGGAGUUCGCUCCCGUGGCGUUGGCGGUGCUGCUGUAUGCUAUCUGGUUCCCGGGUCGGUGCGUCGGCGCGAAGGUGCGUACCACCAAGGAGGAACAGGACAUGGAGAGGACAAGUAUGGCGUUUUGA